AUGUCUCAAUCACAUGCGUGUUGCACCGUUCCCCCGGUUGUCACCGACAACUACCAGGGCAAGGGAGAAUACAUGACCAUUAAUGGCAUGAAGACGUACGCUACCGGACCCAAGGACGCGAAGUCUGCUCUUCUCGUUGUCUAUGAUAUCUUCGGCUUCUUCCCACAGACAAUACAGGGCGCUGAUAUCUUGGCUUACGGCGACAAGGAGAAGCAAUACCAGGUCUUCAUGCCAGACUUCUUCGAUGGCAAGCCGGCCGACAUCAGCUGGUACCCACCGGACACGGACGAGAAGGGCAAGAAGCUCGGCGAGUUCUUCAGCAACCAGGCCGCACCACCAAAGACGCUCGAGCGCAUCCCCAAAGUCCUCGAAGAGAUCAAGUCUCAGCGAUCUAGCAUUUCCGAGUGGGGCAUCGUCGGUUACUGCUGGGGCGGCAAGAUCGUCAAUCUCUCCUCACAAGAGGGCACACUCUUCAAGGCGGCGGCUUCCUGCCAUCCCGCCAUGGUGGAUGAGAACGACGCCCCAGGUGUGAAGAUUCCAUUCGCCAUGCUGCCGAGUAAAGACGAGAGCAAGGAGGACGUGGAGAAGUGGCAGAAGGCGGUCAAGGUCAAGAACAUUGUCCAGUGGUGGCCCAACCAGGUCCACGGCUUUAUGGCUGCACGCGGAGACCUGAAGGAUCCGGCCGUGAAGUCGGACUACGAGAAGGCAUACCAGCUGUUGCUGAACUUCUUCCACGAGAACAUGUAA